GGUCUGGCGAGGCUGAUAAAUAUUAUAGGCAAGCAAUAGACCUCAAGCUAGAUCCCCCGCUGUAAGUAUUGCCAGUUGAAUCCUCAUCCCAAGGUCCCACCUCAAACGCCGCCGCUGGACACGAUGACACGUCAUCAUCGUGGCUUCUUCCGAGCCGGUUCUGGCGUUGCUUGACUGCCGCGACCUGUGUCGGACCAUUCCCUGUUGCUCGCCCUCAUCAUCCCUUCGCCGUCGGCAACAAUAUCAGACUUCUCACACCCGGGCUUUUCGAUAUCCUCCCAGCACGACAUACAGAGUCUUCACGAUGCCCUUUCUGUCAUCGAACAACAGACUCUCGACGAGUUCUCAAGAUCGACUCCCCAAAACUCUGCGCGCAUCAAGUCCGUCAGGCGGCUUCUGCGCUCUCGGACCCUCCAUGUCGUCCUGUCGUCCCCGCCGGAGCUACCUUCUGAGCUCUUCUGCAGGAGUACGUCGGGGCGCGCGAUUCUCAUGGCGCUUAUGGCGGUCAAGUUUCUCCGCUUCUCGACGGUUGACAAGCUCAGCCAUGAACUGUGGCCAUUCGACGAUACAGUCUGGACACAUCUCCUUCAUUGGGUCGACUACAUUAUCCCGGCUGAUGACGUUCCUCGCGCCGUCUUGCUUUUGCCCAGCGCGGAUGCCAGACAUCGCGUUCUUGCAUUCCUCGGAGUCUUCGAGAGUGUCCUGACCCUACCAAAAGAGGCAGCGCAAACAUACUUCCUCAGUGGCGCUAACAGCGCCCUGAAUACCCUCGUCGCGCUGUGGGCACACUGGCCCGAGCUUGUCUCGUCCCAGAAGAUGGAGCCCGAGGCGGCGCUGUGGUGCCCGCGUGUCUUCCGCGCCCUGUGGGACAUCUUUGACAGCCAGGUCGCGGAGGACGUCAUUGUCCCGCAGAUCCUACGCGUCUCGGGUGGGAGCGCGAGGGGCGUGUUCCGCACCUGCGCCGCCAUCCUGCGCGCACUAUCGUCGGCGGGCGAUGUCGCCCACCGCGGCGCCGAGCUUGGGCACCAAGCCACCUUCAUAGGCACCAUCCUCAAUCACUAUGAUGCGGGUCCACAAGCAGUUCCGAGCUCGUUCGUCGCCACCGCGGUCAGGGUACUCGGCCACCAAAUCGCUGUCGCGCCCGAGGAUCACGACGUCUGGGCCCUGGUCCUUGGAAUGCUUUUUGUGCUGUGUUAUCGCUCAGACCAUGCCAUGAUGCUCGCCAUGAGACAGGGGAUAUUCCAUCUCCUCGUCCGCAUCCGCGUUCUCUGUACACACUGUUGCUCCGGGCCCCCUCCUCGGCCUCUCGAUCAAACGUGCUCUGGCGGAAUAACCGGCGCGCUGAUGACUUUCAUGCGCGGAUCACUCUGGUCGCGUCGAGCCGUUGUGGACUUCCGCGAUGCGUACGAUAAGUAUGCGACGCGCAUGCUCGGCAUCACCCUGCGGGAGGACGAAGAACUAGUCCGCACGACGGCUGAGAGCCGCUACAAACUGCUCCUUGAUGCGGAGGAGGAAUGGCCGAGCAUCGCGAAGUGCUGCAACACCAAGUGCGUGAGUACCGAUGUCGUCUCUCUGCGCUCUUGCCCUUGCGGCGAGAACCUCUACUGCUCAAAGCUAUGCCAGCGGGCGCACUGGAAGAGCGAACUACACCGCUCUGACUGCGAGCGCAAUCUGGAGGGCUCGCGCAGUACGUACCUCAAAGCACAGCUGCGACCUCUGCUCACGGUGGCCAAAGACAGCACUUCACACAUUUUGAGGGCGAAGGACGUCCACUUCCUCGUCGUGAUUGCGCGCGCGUACGUCGAGGCUAACUAUCAAAGGAUCAUGACAAGACUAGCCCGCUUGGGCGCGGGCGAUACGACAUCGGUCACCGUCGACGUUCCUUUAUUCUGCAACCCCAUGCGCCCCAAGGACUUCGAGAUUGUGGCGUAUACCACCUCAUGCGCAUCCGACCUCUGUCCGUACCCUUCUGUCGUCGCCCAGGUGAUUUACGAACAAUCGGAUGGCAUGCACGACCGCUUCGUGAGCCUGAUACCUAGAGGCGCUCCUUGGCGCUAUCGGAAGGACGUAUUCCUUCCAAUCACGGCGACGUUUUACGAUCCGCCGACCGAUUGGACCGACCUGGACUGAGGGCGUUGGGUUGAUGAUGGGGCUGCGGAUAUCAUGAUGCGCAUUCAGCGGGCGGCGCGAGUCGAUGGUCGCAGCAGGCGGCGCGGGUCGAUGGUCGCAGCGCUUGCUACUUCGGAGGCAAGAAGGGA